AUGGCCUCUAGCACAAUGACCGCCAGUACGCCCAAUGGCCCCGCCACGACGUCGCUGUGGGCCGACAAAUAUCGUGGGGCUACGGUCGAAGACCUGGACCCACCGUCCGCCCUGUCCGUCUCGCCCACCGACCCGGUCUCGCACGCCCUCAUGUCGGCUUUCGAGCGCGACUACACGCAUUUGACCGUCCUGUCGCCGGAGAACCGCGCGCUGCUCGGAUAUCUCAGCAUCCCACGACUUAAGGAACUGCUCAAGGAGGGAAAGGUCCAGGAAACCAGCCCUGUCAGGGAUGUCAUGCUGCGCUUCCGCCGCAAAGGCCGCGUUUACAAGGUCAUCACAAUGGAUACACCACUCGAGGAGCUCGAGGAAUUUUUCGAGGGAAAGGGCACCGAGGGCCAAAAGCAAGACUUUGCAGUCGUGACGGAUGCGAGCAGGCGGUUCGUGCUGGGAGUAGCCACCAGGUCGGAUCUGGAGGAGUUUGUGAAGAGGAGGCCCUAG